UCCCAUCCCUCUUUCUCUCUCUUCUGAGUUUCCCUAUCCCUCUCUCUUCUCUCUAUCUAUCCAUCCAUCCAUCUAUCCCAUCUCAUCUCUCAUCCCCAAUCUCUUGUUCUUCUUCAUCCAUGAGGAUCAGAAGAAGACUUCCUGCAUCUCAAGUUCCAGAUCCAUGUCUCCAAAUCCAACCAUCUCAACAUCCCCAAAAUGACAUCCUGGAACCAACUCAACAUCCUCCAGGAACUACACCACUUCUUGGAUUGCACCCAGAUGUGGAUCUAUCACUAGAUCCCCAUCCCUCUUGCAUUCCCUCUCUAAAUCCCAACCUUAAACAGGUUGUGACUGAUAAACUAGAGCUUGAAGAGGAGGAAGACAAGAACAAGAAGAAGAAGAUCAAGAAGGGUGAUGUAGAUGCCAGCAAGAUCAGAGAUUUCCAUGUUAAUAGUAAUAAUAAGAGUGGUGGAAGAGUGUUAUCAGGAGAAAGAAAAGCCAAGGCCAAGGCUAUUGUUAAUACUAGUAAAACAAGUGAUGAAGCUGUUGUGAAUGUGAGUGUGAAGGAGGAAGAGGAAGAGGAGGAGAGAGUGAAGAAGAGAAGGAGCCCUGCUGUGUUGAUGGAGGGCUCACGGUGCAGCCGGGUGAAUGGAAGAGGCUGGCGGUGCUGCCAGCAAACGCUUGUCGGUUACUCGCUUUGUGAGCAUCAUCUCGGCAAAGGCAGGCUCCGGAGCAUGAGUAGUGUCCGUGGCCAACUCGGCAGCACGAAGCCAAUCAAAACCAAUGCUCAGUUAUCAGAGGAUAUCAUUACUUCAUCCAAUGCAAUGACUGCAAAGAAUAAUGGUGAUGAAGAUGGUGAUAACCAAGAGAACAAGUGCAAGAAGAUCGGCAUUGUGAAAGCUCGGUCUAUUAGUAGUUUGCUUGGAUAGUUUAGCAUGCAUUUGUUGAUCCUUAGUAAUCCUAGUUUCUUUUUCUUCUUCCUCUUCUUCUUCUUCAACUCAAGUGAAUGCUGAAGUGUUUGGCAUUAAUGUUGGAGAUGUUGCAUGAUGCAGUUUGUUUGGAUAGUUUUGUUGUGUUAUUGGAUGCGUUCUAUGUUGUGGUGCAAAUGCUGUGUGUAUGAGUAGUGUAGUAGUAUUACUGUA